GCACAACUUUUGGGUACGAAAAUGGCACGAAAUGGCGAUUUCAUAACGUUUCCGUGAAAUAAUAAAAAUUCAGAUUAAAAUGCCGCUAAUUAAAAUGAAUACAGACAGAGACCUUGAUUAUCUUGAUCUUGAUGAUGAAAGCGAUCAAGAAGCGGUCGACAGUUCUGAUGAUGAAAUUGACAUUCUUCUACAUGGCACCCCGGAGCAGAAGAGGAAAAUGGUUCGCCACAGCUCCAGUGUCACUAGAGAUUCAUCCAGUGAAGAUGAUUUUGAAAAAGAAAUGAAUGCUGAAUUAAAUGGCCAAGUAAAAGAAAUAGAACGUCGGAGGGGCUCAGUCUCAGAAGCUGGAUGUUCAGGUACCUCAACAACAGAGGGCACAGAACCACAGAGGUUUCAUGAUGAUGUCUAUUGUGAUUCAGAUGAGGAAGAUAUGGUCACACAAGGUGAUAAGAAGAAACAACAAAAACAACUCAGCAAUGAUGAUCUACUUUAUGACCCCAACAUUGAUGAUGAUAAUGAGAAAUGGAUGGAGAAUCAGCGGCGAUCUUACCUGUCCAAGGGCAAUGGCAUCUCCACACAGAAACACAGACGUCUUCCACACAGUGAUGCUGUACUGGACUGCCCUGCUUGUAUGACUACCCUGUGCUUAGAUUGUCAAAGACAUGAUGUUUAUGACAACCAGUAUAGGGCAAUGUUUGUGACAAAUUGUAAAGUUGACACUUCAGAAUUUCUUAAAUAUCCCAAAACUGAUAAAAGAUCUCGGAAACGGAAGAAAGCCAGUCAGAACAGUGACAAUGAUACUAAUGUUGAUAAAUUCCACCCUGUGAAAUGUGAGGAAUGUAACACUGUUGUUGCUGUGUUUGAUGAAGAUGAAGUGUAUCAUUUCUUUAACGUGCUGGCAAGUUACUGAAAAUGUUCAUGUGAGUCAAAUUAUGUGUUAAGGUCAUCAAAGUCUUGAUUGUAAUGUUUUAGCAAAUGAAGGGCUGGUCUAAAAAGUUACCAUAUUACCACAGUGAAGUGCAUGAAAUGACUGCAGCAAACAGUAGCACAAGAAGGGACUUCAAUAUGUGAAAUUAUUUUCAUUUUGAAGAAGAAAAGUUACCACAUCUGACAAAAAAAUACAUAUAUAACUUGUAAAGAUAUCGCUUCUAGUGAUAUGCUAUUUGUAUAAUUGUAAUAAUGCUGUGGUUGUGAUCCUGAUUUAGGCCAUCCAUCUGCUUACUCGUCACAAUUCACAUGUAGCGAUAAUGCAUAAGUAAGGAUGUAUUGCUAGGGUCUUGAGUGUAUUUUAUUUCUUUUUAAUGAAAUAUUUAACAGUUAAAGGGAGUGGUAUGCACAUACAGUAGUAAUGACUGUCCAUAAAUAUGUCAUAUUAUCAUACAAACAGUUGAUUGAAUAAUAAGAAAUUAACUUUGUUGGGUAAAUUAGCCUUUUUGAUGGAAUAAAUUAUUUUAGUAAUUGUA